AUGUCCACGCCCAACUACUUGCUCCAGACGGAGAACCUCCGAUCGCUCACGGAGCUCAUCCAGCAGCUAAACAGCGAGGUCGUGGAGACCUCGAAGUUGAAAUCCAGCAUUGUGGAGAGCGCUUUGGUGCUAGAUAGUGAGAGAGGGACAGAAGACGACUAUAUGGCGGGGUUUUUCCAGACAAAGUUUCUGCUCGACACGGUGCCGCUCUCGCCCGAGGAGCUCGCACAGAUCGAGGCAGCUGGCCUGGCUUUAGGCGAUACGUCUAGUCCAAAGGUUCAGCGUGUCAUGGCGCUUUCACGCGACAAUGCGCGGCUUGCAAAGGUCUUGCGUGUCCAGCAGCGCUACCGGCACGAGCUCAUCGAUACGAUUCGCUGCUACGAAAUCUCGCUCGACAAGAUCCUAUUGCUUCUUCGUGACGACGUCAUCGCGCACCACUUCCAGAUUAUUGAGACCCAUGGUGUGCGCUACGAGAUCCUUGCCGCAAAGACCAAGGAGAUGUGGACGUUGUACGCGCAGAUUAUGCGCAACCGCGCGGCGUUGGUCCGCAUCUUGCAGCGCUUGGGUGGACGAGUCGACGCGUUGGGCGAUGUGAUGGCGUGCGAGGUGGAGAAGGAGUUGGCCGGUAUUGGAAGCGCCCUUGAGGGAUGGGAAAAGACCUUGGGUGAAAAAAAGGUUUAA